UUUUUAUAGUUAAAGUUGUAUAUAAAUGGUGAAAAAAGUUGAAAGUGUCAAUUAUUUUGGGACGGAGGAAGUAUAAAUCUAAUUUUUUUUUUUUUUAAGGAAGUAUAAAUCUAAUUACCGCAACUCAAAAAUGCACAAGCAUGAAUAUAGAUUUCACUUCUUCCAUAAUUGAUUAAAGUCUUUCCACCCCAUUAUCUUCCGAAGGUAAAUUUCUCAUGCAUUGGCUAACAGUAACCGUAGAACAUUUCAAAUUUUCAAUAAUGUUCUUAAGAUCAAAGUCUAUCAAUUCCUUUUACUAGUAUAACCGUAGAAGGUAGAACUUUCUUCUUGUAUCAAAUUUCGACACUAUUACUAAUUUACUAUGACAAAAUUGACAUCGUCCUCAAAAUUUCCAAUAUUUGACUAUUAACAAACAGAAUUAAGUACAUAAUUUACUUAGUCAACUCAAAAUUUCAAUAUUUCCAGCAGUUAAUUAGAGGCUACAUCGCACUUUCUUCAUCACUUCAUUACACCUUCUAGCCCAUGGCCCCACAAAUGAAGUAAAUUACCCAAUAAAUUUGUUAUGUUAUGCGCCCAAAACAUUGCCGUUAUACUUUCAUUUCCCUUGCAUUCCUUAUUUCCCUAGCAAUACCAAGAAACAACAUUUCUCCUUCUCACUUAUUUCUAUUUACUUUCCCCUCCUAAACCAAAACCAUAUAUAUAGAUUAUUGACAAACUCAAUUCCUUCAAUUCAAUUCCAACCUUUUGCUCAACCAAAUAUAUAUUUGUACUCAUCAGAUGUAUCCUUCCACCUCCUCCUCAUACUCCUUAGAUAUUAUCAUAAAGUCAACUGAAGCGCUGACUAUAGGAAAUCAUAAAUCCGUUGGAAAAAAUGUUUUUGUAACAGUUUCUAUGGAAAAUCAAGGCUGGACAAACCAAUUACAAACGAGACUGUGUAAUGAGGGUUUAAAACCUGAAUGGAAUGAGAAGUUGAUAAUGGACAUGCCUACAAACACGAAGUUCAUUAUCUUAGAGGUUCGUUAUAAAAAGAGGUCAAGCGAUAAGUUGAUUGGUAUUGCUAAGGUUCCGACUUCAGAUUUUUCUGGAAAUAACAUGCCUCUAAACUUCCAAUAUUGUUUAUGUUACAGAUUAAGAGAUCGUAAUGGCGAGCCAAAUGGGAUAAUAAACUUUAGCGUGACUGUAAACGGGGGUUUAGAUAAUUAUCAACGUAAUGAAAGAAAUCAACUCUAUCGAGAAACAACUGAAAUACAAGGGUUUAAUAAUAGAGAGAAUUAUAAUAGGCCAAAGCCAUGGCUCGGAACAUCGUUGUUAGGUGACCGAAGAAAAUCUACUUCUACUGUUGUUGGAGUUCCUGCAGCGUGUUACAGUUCAUGCCAUGCAUGAUAUGAUGCAAUCAUACUUCAUAUUAUUUUGAUUAUAGAUUCUUUUAGACAUGUUUACAACUAUCUUAUAUUACUAGUAUUAAAAUUAACAUUUAAGCUAUGCUGCAAGUUACAGUAGUAUUGUUACUAAGCUCUGAAUUACAGGCAUUAAUUAGGGUUGCUUUGAUUUGAUCCUGAAAGAAACGAAUUCAAUAAAUAAAUUCUAUAAAUUAACACACUUUUCUUUCCAAAAAAGAGAGAUU